UGCUUAGCUCACUUUGACAGAUCCACAAAUUACUAAAUUGCAGCCGAAAACUGUAAGUUGACCGCAUUCCACCAUGCAACAGCCUCAUCCUCGUUUUUCUGUUCUAUCCGGUUCUUCGCUCUCUUCUACAGAACAUCUUUCCCCAACUGCAAGCUCGACACGUUUCUCUUUACCUUCUGCGACAUCUAUAAACACUGCUCUCGGCACGCCAAAACCAGGCCUUAGACCUAAUAUCUAUGACAGGAAUCUUAAUAAAACACGGACAUCAGAAGUGUCCGCUUCCGCUUUCGCCUUCCUUUUUUCUGAGGUCGUUCAAUAUACCCAGAAACGCGUGAGCGGAAUCAAUGAUCUCGAACGGCGAUUGAACACCCUCGGUUAUCGCGCCGGAACACGAGUCCUCGAACUCAUGGUUUGGCGGGCAGAGUCGUCGUCCAAAGCUCCAAAACGAGAAAUUCGUUUUCUACCUGCUCUCAUGUCCAUCCACACCCAGGUGUGGAGAGCAGUCUUUGGACGCCCUGCAGAUGCAAUAGAGAAGAGUGUUGAGAAUGAAGAUGAAUAUAUGAUCAUCGACAAUGAUCCUCCAAUCGAACGUCAUAUAUCUGUCCCAAAAGAUAUGAACCAACUCAGCUGUUCUUCUUUCACUGCUGGGAUCGUAGAAGCUGUCCUGGAUGGACUAGGAUUGCCUGCACGAGUGACAGCUCAUCAUACCCCUACUCAACAGUUUCCAUCGCGUACGACCAUACUCAUCAAACUUGACAAGUCUGUACUAGAAAGGGAAGAAAUCCUCAAGUAAACAUGUACUACAGUCUUCCCAUGUUCCAUCCUCUCCC